UUCCUCCACCGGGAAACUGUGAAGACACCGAAGCUCCGUCCCUUCAUUCCUCGUCGAUCCGCUUCAGGCCAACGGCGACGGCAUGAGCCAGCGGUUUACCGUGACCGCCGGUGGCUUCCAGGGCGAAGUGAACCAGCUGUUCGAGGGUGAUGAGCCGACACCGAGCGCAUCCGAGACGGCGGGCGCAGAGGGCUCCGGGCAAGGAGAUGGACAACCCAAGGAGAGCAGUCCUUUCAUCAACAGCACCGACCCCGAGAAGAACCAGCAAUAUGAUGGCAAGAACAUGGCCCUGUUUGAGGAGGAGAUGGACACAAGUCCCAUGGUAUCGUCUCUCCUCAGCAGCCUCGCCAACUAUUCCAACUUGCCUCAGGGAAGCAAAGAGCAUGAGGAGGCGGAAAACAAUGAAGGAUCACGCAAGAAACCUAUAAAGGCGCCACGGAUGGGCACUCUGAUGGGCGUCUAUUUGCCAUGUAUGCAGAAUAUUCUGGGUGUCAUUCUGUUCCUCCGGAUGACCUGGAUGGUGGGCAUCGGAGGGGUCAUCGAAGCCUUUGUCAUCGUCCUCAUGUGCUGCUCCACUACGAUGCUCACUGCAAUCUCAAUGAGUGCCAUUGCCACAAACGGAGUUGUGCCAGCUGGAGGCUCAUAUUACAUGAUCUCUCGUUCUUUGGGCCCUGAGUUUGGUGGAGCUGUAGGCAUCUGCUUCUACUUGGGCACCACAUACGCUGGAGCCAUGUACAUCUUGGGCUGCAUCGAGAUCCUGCUGGUGUACCUUUUACCACAAGCUGCCAUUUUUAAGAUGGAGGGUCUGGAGGGUGCGGAGGCAGAGGCUGCCAUGCUCAACAACAUGCGUGUUUACGGCACGAUGGUCCUGAGCUUCAUGGCUAUCGUUGUGUUUGUAGGAGUGAAGUAUGUCAACAAGCUGGCACUCCUCUUCCUCGCCUGCGUCAUCUGCUCAAUCCUCGCCGUCUACGCCGGAGUCAUCAAGACGGCCUUCGAGCCUCCCGUAUUUCCAGUGUGUGUGCUGGGGAACCGGACGCUGGUGUGGAAGGGUUUCGAUGAGUGCGCGAAGGUCAUCGAGAGAGAGAAUGGAACAGUCACCACCAAACUCUGGCGACUCUUCUGCGACUCAGAGUUCCUCAAUGCCACCUGUGACAGCUAUUUUGCCAACAAUAACGUCACAGAGAUUCAGGGCAUUCCGGGAGUCAUAAGUGGCAUUCUGUUCGAGAAUCUCUUUGGGAAUUAUAUGGAAAAGGGUUCUUUCAUUGAGAAGAUUGGGAUUUCUGUGGUUGAGGAACCAGAUUCCAUCCCAACCAACACAAACCGCUAUGUGCUCGCUGACAUUACCUCGUUCUUUACCAUGCUGGUGGGGAUUUACUUCCCCUCAGUGACAGGUAUCAUGGCUGGAUCGAACCGUUCUGGGGAUCUGCGUGAUGCACAGAAGUCCAUUCCUAUUGGCACCAUCCUGGCCAUCACCACCACCUCCAUCAUCUAUAUGUCCAGUGUGUUGCUGUUUGGUGCCUGCAUUGAGGGAACUGUAUUGAGGGAUAAGUUUGGCGAGGCUGUGAGAGGUAAUCUGGUGAUUGGUACAUUGGCGUGGCCGUCACCGUGGGUCAUCGUCUUCGGUUCAUUCUUUUCCACCUGUGGGGCGGGGCUUCAGAGCUUGACGGGUGCACCUCGUCUCCUUCAGGCUAUUGCACGAGACGGAGUCGUGCCGUUCCUCAGGGUGUUUGGCCAUGGAAAAGCAAACGGGGAGCCCACCUGGGCAUUACUCCUGACCGCAUGUAUCUGUGAGAGUGGAAUACUCAUCGCCUCUCUGGAUUUAGUAGCUCCCAUUCUUUCUAUGUUUUUUCUCAUGUGCUACAUGUUUGUGAAUUUGGCCUGUGCUGUUCAAACUCUUCUGAGAACGCCCAACUGGAGACCCCGAUUCAAGUUCUACCACUGGGCUCUGUCAUUCCUGGGCAUGAGUCUGUGUCUCUCCCUCAUGUUCAUCUGCUCUUGGUACUAUGCCAUCAUUGCCAUGGGGAUCGCCAGCUGCAUCUACAAGUAUAUCGAGUUUAGAGGGGCGGAAAAGGAAUGGGGUGAUGGAAUAAGAGGGCUGUCGCUCAGUGCCGCUCGAUUCGCUCUUAUGCGGUUAGAGGAGGGACCGCCACACACCAAGAACUGGAGGCCCCAGAUAUUAGUGCUGGUCAGUAUGGACACUGAGCUCAACGUGGAGCAACCUCGUCUUCUGUCUCUGACCAGUCAGCUGAAGGCAGGGAAGGGUUUGACCAUUGUGGGAGCAGCACUGGAGGGAACGUACCUGGACAACCACCAUCAGGGGCAACAAGCUGAACAGUCUCUGAGGAAGCUCAUGGAGACGGAGAAGGUUAAAGGUUUCUCUCAGGUGGUUAUCUCCUCCAACAUGAGGGAUGCCACCUCACACCUAGUCCAGGCCGGUGGGUUGGGAGGUCUUCAACACAACACCGUAUUGGCCAGUUGGCCACGCAACUGGAAACAAGCUGAGGACCACCAAAGCUGGAGAAACUUAAUUGAGCUGGUAAGGGAGACCACUGCUGCCAGUAAAGCCCUGCUGGUGACCAAGAAUAUCUCGGCCUUCCCAUCAAAUGGAGAACGCUUCACAGAGGGUCACAUUGACGUUUGGUGGAUUGUUCAUGAUGGAGGGAUGCUCAUGCUGCUACCAUUCCUCCUGCGCCAGCACAAGGUGUGGAGGAAAUGUAAGAUGCGCAUCUUCACUGUGGCUCAGAUGGAUGAUAACAGCAUUCAGAUGAAGAAAGAUCUGACCACCUUCCUGUAUCAUCUGCGUAUAGAUGCUGCCGUGGAGGUGGUGGAGAUGCAUGACAGUGAUAUCUCCGCGUACACGUAUGAGAAGACCCUGAUGAUGGAGCAGCGUUCUCAGAUCCUCAAGCAGAUCAACCUCACCAAGACUGAGCGUGAACGAGAGAUUCAGAGCAUCACUGAUAGUUCCCGUGGGUCGAUCCGUCGUAAGAACCCGACAGCGGUCACCACGCAGUUGAGCAUCACUGAGGAGCCGGCUGCCAAAGAGGAGAAACCAGAAGAGGAGUCUGCCCCUGUGUUCCCCCCACAACAGGAACAGCUGAUUCAUGACAAGGGUAUCAACCCCCCGACCCCUGCCACCCCUCAGUCCCCCACCGCAGAUGCUGAGACCCCCGGCACGGCCGUACAGAUGACCUGGACUGAAGCAAAGUGUGAUGGAGAGCAAGCCAAACCGAUCGGAGUUACAUCACCAGAGGCCAUCAAAGAUCUCUUCAACAUGAAACCAGAGUGGGAAAAUCUAAACCAGUUCAAUGUGAGGCGCAUGCACACUGCGCUCAGACUGAAUGAAGUUAUCGUUAAGAAAUCACAGGAGGCCAAACUAGUUCUGCUCAACAUGCCCGGACCACCUAAAAACAGAACUGGUGACGAGAACUACAUGGAAUUCCUAGAGGUUUUAACCGAAGGUCUAAACCGGGUCCUUCUUGUCCGUGGAGGAGGCCGCGAGGUCAUCACCAUCUACUCUUAAAACUCUAACCUACGUUGACCGACCACAUUUGUCCCCCUUCCCCAACUGCCUCUCACCUGUCAGCACCUACAACCUCCCCAACUCCCAAUAAACUCCAUAGUGUCGCCCAAGCAAUAUCACCCUUCGGUCAACAUAAACCCUACUGAGACACAUCCCCAUCGGCCAAACAUUGCUCUCUCAUUUCUAGUUUGUGGACUAGUAGUCCACAUUUUACUGUUCUACGAUGAUGCACUGUUGAUGUCAGUGGGUAUUUGUCAAUGCCCCCUUGCUGUAGCUUUCCUCCAUGUUCACUACCGUUCUCAACCAAAUCAGGAGAAGUGGGUCGUUUGGUUUGAUUGGUUUGUUUUAAUGUUCUUUGGUUUGAGGAAGAAGAUGCAGAACAUCGCAUUCUUGGGUCAACAAAGAUGGAUUCGACGUUCACGACUAUGGCAAACGAAUGCUGCAGAACAUUUCUGCUCUGGUAGAAAUGGACCUCAAAAUCUUGUCUCCGUAACUUGUGAAAAGAUUUUCAAGGUUUAAACUCCAGUGGAAAUUCAUCAAUCGUUUUGAAAUUGUGAAAAGAUUUUUUUUUAUUAUUGUGUUUGUUUACUGAAAAAACAAGCGUGAAUACAUUUUAGUCAACAUGAAAUCAAAAUUGAACCCAUUUACUUUCUAAAUACACAUUUCUGGUCUUAUUGAGAAAGAUUCAUCAGUGCAUGUUCUUUGUUUUCUCCCCAAUUUGGAAUGCCCAAUUCCCAAUGACCCCUAAGUCCUCGUUGUGGCACAGUGACUCGCCUCAAUUGGGGUGGUGAAGGACGAAUCUCAGUUGCCUCCGCGUCUGAGACCGUUAACCCGGGCAUUUGAUCACGUGUUUUGUUGAGCGCAUUACUGCGGAGACAUGUGGAGGCUUCACUCCAUCCACCGCGGCAUCCACACACAACUCAUCACGCGCCCCACCAAGACUGAACCACAUUAUGGUGACCACGAGGAGGUUACCCCAUAUGACUCUACCCUCCCUAGCAACUGGGCCAAUUUGGUUGCUUAGGAGACCUGGCUGGAGUCACUCAGCACACCCUGGGAUUCAAACUCGCGAACUCCAGGGGUGGUAGUCAUCGUCUUUACUCGCUGAGCUACCUAGGCCCCCAAUAGUGCACGUUAUUCUUAAUCGUUCAUCACAACAACUUGAUUUGCCGGAAAUUACUUUCCUUUUCUGCUGACAUCACCAAUCCCCUCCAUUCACGUUGAAAAUCCUGUUUCAGAUAUGUGUCACGUUAUGGAAGUAAAAUGGGUUGCGAAUGCCAUUUCAUGUUGACUUUAAGAUGGAUUUAUGUGUUUACAUACUGUAUAUUUCCGCACAAAGUCCUUAAUCAUCAACCUUUGUUUCUCUUCGUUUUCAAGUGGUUAGCUAUCUCCCUGCCAACUGUAGUCAAGACAUGUGCCAAAAAAUAAGUUUGGCAGGGUAUGCGCCUUACUGUAUGAAAGCAAAACAUCAAACAAUAGUUGUCUAUCAGUGUAACUGAGCCCGGAAAAAAAAAAAAUUACUCUGCCACUCCGAAGUGGUGUAAAUAGUGUAUAAGGUAUUAUUAAACAUUGAUGUAGUAUUUUUAUUGUGAAAUAACCGAAGCUUAUGGUGCAAAAACGCUGUUGUCUUACAGGGUCAGGGUCUUUUGGGUGGCUACAGGCUUCUCGGUAUGGUGGCUUGAAGUGUACUUUACGGUAACAAACUUCCCCUUCCCAUCCAAGCACUCAACCUGCACUGACAGCCACUGUGUAACAAAUGAUUUACUGAGUUGAUGGAUUCAUUAAAUGAACAUGUGCGUGCGUGUUUGUGUGAGCGAGUGAAUGAGCGAGUUGCAGUCUUGAGCAUAUGGAAGAUACCCAUUUUUUUGCCAUUUUGCAAAAAGAAACCCUCUGUUCGUUGCAUUUACCGAUAAAUCUAUAUAAAUGAUCUAUAUCAUAGGCAAAAUCUAUAUUAUCCGUGGUGGGAUAUGCCAGAAAUGUGUUUGCUAGAGUCACAGAGCUAUAUAAAAUAUUAUGGUAUCUGAUUGUAUCGCCAAACGUAGAUUUCACUCGUGCCAUAUGAAUGAAAAUGUGAAUUUGUGUCAAUCGAGUUGACGUAUUGAUGCCAUAGUCACUUUAAACAGAGAAAUAAAAUAAUUUGCUGCGUCCAGGUCGAAAUUAUUGGAAGUUCUCACUUGUGAAAACUCCUCACGUCUUUGUCGAAGUCUUAGGCCAUAUCUUUACUAAUCCGCUUCGUUUGAAAACUGUUUUCAGUUUUCUAGUGUCAUUGUUUUCUAAAGUAUAAGUUAAUGGAGUGUAUUUUCUAAAUUUGUGUUCAUGAGACACGUAAACAGCUAAAUGAAUCAGUGCUCGGUUUCCCAACGUCAUCGUUUUACAAAGACAGUAGUACAGUAACUGUAGUAAAGUGUUUUCGAAGAGGGUUUUCAAAUGAAAAUGUACUAGUGUAGAUGUGGCCUUAAUUAUAAGUUACGAUAGUGCCAACUUCUCUUUUGAUCAGCAGUAAAAGUUAGGUAGCAACCUCUGCUUAAUGUCAUUAUGCGUAACAAUUAUGUUAAUAUUUUGCUACAUAGGAAUAUGGUAUUUUGCUGUCAUUGUCAACAAAGCUGCUUUUGGAUGCAUUUUGGCAUAAUGGGCAUUGCUAUAGAAACAAAUUAUUUGUAGUAGAAUAUCAGAGUUGUCAUUUCGUAAUUACGGUAAUUUCAACACAUUGUGAAUGCGGCAAAAGAUUGAGCAGUUAUGAAACUAAAGAACCAAGGGUCAGAUAGAUUUGAUAAUGACUGAAAAACACCCAUAAAUCGAAACUCUAUGCAGUGCGACUCUAACACAUUAGCCAAAUUAUACAAUUAUAUUAUAAUACAGAUGCAAAAUUCUUCUUUAGCUUUCCAUUUGGCUAAAAACUAGAUCAAAUUUAGAGUUUAGGUUAGAAAAUGUAUUUUUGAAAACUUAAUAUGUAAAAUUGGGAAAUCAUAUAAAUUAUAUGCAUUAUUUUUGUAGAGAUAUAGGCUAUUUUAUACAGUUUCAUUUUACCAUAAAUUGUACACAGAAAUACCAAGAAAUACCGUAUAUUAUAUACAUACAUAGUCAUACUUAAAUAUUUAAAUAUACGUAACGUGAAAGUAUAUAGUUUACAGAAAUUACAGAUGUAUUCCAAAAGUUGUCUUAAGUUUUAAACCUCUCAUAACAUGAAUGCUGCUGCUAGUGUAUGAAUAGAUUGAUACGGAUUGUGCGUGUACAUAGGGCGAAAGAAAACAUAUAUUUAAACCUAUUUACAAGGUAAUCACGGGGAGGGGUUGACACUGCGAACACAAAUAUGAACAAGAGUUUGCAUCAAAAACAGCCAGUUUUGGAGACUUCAGCCUUGCAUAAUCAGCUUAUCAUGUUUUAUUUAUUUAGUAUAUAUUUAUAGUUUCUAGCCGAAAUUUCGGCUAACAGCAACAACGUUCACUUUCCGUGUACUGAAUAGGAAUAAAACGCGACCAUGCAUUGAAUCACAAUGCUUUUUAAUAAAGUACUGCCUGCAUAGACGGAGCCUCUGAUGAUAUUAUGAGAACAAACCAAGAUUAGUUCGUUUUUUAGAUGUGCUCACAUAUUUUAGAACACGUAAAAUAUGUAUCGUUUUACUACCGUCUGCAUGGUGUAUGUUGGAGAAUUUGUUUUAGAUUUACAUAAUGUGCUAAAAGAUGUAAAGGGCAGUUCCCGGUGAAACGUCUAGGCUGAUUUUCCGACUGUUUCCACUUGCCGAUUUUUUUAUUUAUUUUUUAGCUGUUGCAAAACGACUAAAUACCUGCCCAGGGGUAUCAAGGAAAAAAUAUGUGUAUGUAUAGCAUUCUUAUGUGUAGUGUUUUGGUACUCAUAGAUCAUGUUAAUUAGAUUAGCGGUAUAUCGGUGUGUGAUGCAAAUCGUAGGCGGCAUUUUUUGGCUUUGUAUAUAAUAUCGCUCUCGAGACGCUGUAACUACAGAGUUGUUCCCUGUUGUGUUUUUGAAAGAAUGCUUUUCAUACACAGAAAAAAAGGGGCCUACGAACUCUUUUUUUUUUUCCAACGAUAAUGUGCAAUAUUGGUUUUGGGAAAUGGUACGAAUAGAGUAUUUCAAUUGGCAUUUUUAGUUGUUAGUUUGCCCACGAGUCUGCUUCUCUUAGAAUAGUCCUGGAUCAUGUGGUUCAUCAGCGUGAUUAGUAUGCUAGAGAAGUGUGCAUCACAUCUGUUCUAUGGUGGCUGAGAUAGAAAUGCACUUUAUUCAGAGUUAACGUUCUUAACGUCCAUGGUGACAAGUGAGGAUUGAGUUGCCAGAGUCCUGAGCAUGCCAGAUAAUUUCAGCGCCGACACCUCUAGUGGCAGAAGUGUGUACUGCAGUCAUUUAGAGGAGCAUCCGUUCGGCUUCGUUAGCACGGCGAGUUUGCAGACUGGACACAUUUGUUCGCUGUAGUGACAUACUACCUGAACAUAUUACAUUUAUUAUGCUGUUAAAAUGUGUGUUUACUGUUUAUUUGGCAUGAACUUCUUGCAUUUAUUUUAAUCUAAUGAAACUGACUAAAAGAGUAUGUAAAUGUAAAAAAAAGAUAUAUUUCUAAUACAAAUCACUGAAUUGAUGUGGUGACAUUUCCUUUACAUUACCCUACCCCUCUUUUCACCAUACAUCAUUCCACGAUUCCAAACCUACAAGCACUGUAUUGAAAUGUGAUCACUGUAUAAAUAUGAUCUUAUAAAUAUUGUUUAAUGACUAAACAAGCGCUUCCACUGCUGGUCUUGGCUCUAUUAAAACUGACAGUGGAGAGAGUACUUUCACAGUGUUAUCUUUUCCUUUAUUCAACAUUACAUGAUAAAACCUGGCUCAUGUGUAGCAAGAAGAGAAAUCAAGGGUUCCGUUUUCCUUCGUCAAAGAAUAUCGAUGCGUUCUCUUUGGAAUAGACACCUUUUGAAACCAAAAGGGCUCUAAAGUUUACUUUAGCUUUGAAGUUUGUCACCCACUGAAACUGACCCCACACACAUUAAACAUUAAAAAAUGGGAAUCUCACUUCAUUUUGACACUAUUCAUUGUAUUAAGCUAGCCCCUUACUUAGACUUCUCGGGUUACUUCAAGCUCUGAAGGCUAGUAUUUGUUUUGUGAAACAUUCCAGUAUGACUGCAUGCAUGAGCGCUGAACAUGCAAACUGCAACUGCAGUAUGUCUGCUAGCUCUUGUGAGUCCAUAUGUUGAAAUGCAAAUAAUCCAUAUGAAACCGUUCAAAUAGAGCCAGGACUCAGGUCUGUUGUCCUGUUCAACGCAUGCACAUUUUCCUGAAGAAUCUAAUUUGAUAUAUAUAGCUAUACAUACACCGAUCAGCCACAACAUUAAAACCACCCGCCUAAUAUUGUGUAGGUCCCCCUCGUGCUGCCAAAACAGCGCCAACCCGCUUCUGAGAUGAUUUUCUUCUCACCACAAUUGUACAGAGUGGUUAUCUGAGUUACUGUAGACUUUGCCAGUUUGAACCAGUCUGGCCAUUCUCUGUUGAUCUCUCUCAUCAACAAGGCGUUUCCAUCCACAGAACUGACACUAACUGGAUGUUUUUUGUUUUUGACACCAUUCUGAGAAAAUUCUAGAGACUGUUCUGCAUGAAAAUCCCAGGAGAUCAGCAGUUACAGAAAUACUCAAACCAGCCUGUCGGGCAACAACAAAAUGUUGGUGGCACGAGGGGGACCUACACAAUAUUAGGCAAGUGGUUUUAAUGUAGUGGCUGAUCGGUGUAUAUAUAUAUGUAUAUGUUAAGUUAAUUAAGUUAUUUAAAUUGUAAAUGUGUUAUUUUUACAAGAUGUUUGGUGUAUAUUGUAUACAAAAAAAUGUUUGGGAUCAAUAAGUAUAUUAGUGUGAAUGAAUAUUGAUUGUUAAAGGGGUCUAGUUUUACUAUAGUUAGUUUAGCCAAGAAAAAUAAAAUUUGUCUUUUAUUGUUAUGAUUACAGAGUUAAUUUAUCUAAAGAACUGAUUACCAAAGUAUAUUUAUGUUAACGUGGAUAUGUCUUUAUUGAAGUGUCAUUCUAAUGAAUUAAAAAAAGAAGCUUGAGGGUAUAUUAUGUUUCGCAGCCUCACAGUAAAAUUAUUAUUAUUUACACCAGUGUUUUACUCAUGCCUUAAAUGUACAAACUGGCAGCUAUGUUAACUGAUCUUCUAGAACUGGAAUGUG